CUGCUGCAUUGUCAAAGCCAGAUGCUGAUUUGAAAGUGUCCUGCCCCAUGACUUCAUUGCAUUUCAAACCCAGUGAAUAGUUUGCUGCCCUAAAAUGCACAAUUGACUAAGUCACUACUUUACGAAUGGACACCACAAAUUUGGCAAAGCCCCAUCAAGUGCAGAGAUUGCAGCAAAUAGCUAAUUAAGUGCACGUGUUCCCCCGAGAUUUUACUGAGGCGCGUGCUUCCACUGUGUAUCAUUAAGAGUUCACUGACCAGCAAGUCCAGCCUUUUGUAAGAAUAUUGAGAACUGAUACUCUAUACUUAAUGAGACAAGAGCCUGAAGGGAAUACUGCUCUUUCUGGACCUCCUUCCGGAGGAAGACAGUUGUAGCUUUUAAAAUCAUUGUCCUAGAGAUGAAAAGGUGACCAAAAAUAUCAUCAUCUGCGGCAUGUUCCUUUUUAGCACAUCAAUGGCCAAGAAUGCCCAAGUUUUGAAUAUGUUGCUUUCGCCUUAAGCUGUGAAAUUACCUCCCUACAUCUCUCCAUUCCUCUGGAAAAUUAAGACUCAGCAUAAAACCUACUUCUUUGACCAAGUGUUUUGUUAUGUAUACAAAUGUCACUCAGUGUCAGAUUUAUUUUGAUUAUUGUUCCUUUGAAGCACAUGGGGAUAUUUACUACAUUAAAGAUGGACAGAAUAAUCAACAAAAACAUAAAGAAGAGCUAACAAAUGAGGGGAAGAAAAGGUGUACAAUAGGAAGCUAGCUGGAAAUAUAAAAACAGAUAGUAAGAGUUUGGCUGGAUCUUUAUAGAAGAAGAGUCAACAGUGAGCAUUAUUCCUAAAGAAAGUGAAUAUGGCAAUUAAUAAGAGAAAAUAGGAAGAUUGCAGAUAAAUUGAGCAGGUAUUUUGCAUCAGUCUCAACAUAGAAAUCAUUAGUAAUCUCAGAAAUAGCUACAAAUCAAGAAAUGGAAGGGUCGAAGAAACUCAUGCAAAUAAUGUUCUUCAGGAAAGUGAUACUCAACAAUUUGUUGGAGCUGUAGGCUAACAUUUAGCUGUGUUGUAAUGGACUUCAUCCUAGAAUUUCAAAAGAAUUGGCUCAUGAGAUAAUUGCUGCAUUGGUUUUCAUUUUCUAACAUUCUCUAAAAAAUUUGGGAAAUGUUCUUUUAGAUUGGAAAAUAGCAGGACACGUAGAAAGGUACAAGGUACUCAGAUAGAGUCAACAUGGUUCUGUGAAAGGGAAAUGUUGCUCAAUUGAUUUAUUAAAGUUCCUAGAGAAAGUGCAGUGUGCAUUAAGCAGACUUCGGUGGAUGUGCUGUACUUAAAUUACCAGAAUGCAUUGAUAAGCUAUCAAAUCAAGGAUGAUUGUGGAAAAUGAAAGCUAAAGGUCAUGAGGAUAACAUAUUAACCUGGAUAAUUACAUAAGAAUUCACAGUUUUAUGUGCAUGAAAAGAAAAUGUUUGGCUAAGGGGAGCAUGGGGCCAUUAUAAGUAGUCUCAAGAAUUUAUAAUGGGGAACAGAAAAAUAAUAGAGAAGCUAAAUCACUACUUUGCCUGUUUUCACGAUGACAGAUAAACCUCCACAGUUAAUUCUUGGAGAAACUAAUGGGAAUUAGUUGAUAAAAGGGAUGUAUAUAGAUAUUUUCUAAUCAACAUAUUCAGAGAUGAUGUUGAGUACCUCUGGAACACUUUGGACUUGAAUGCUGUCCUUCUGGCCCAGAAGCAGGAACACUACCAACGCAUCACAAGAGCUCUUUUGUUGAGAUGCUGCAUUUUUAAAGAAGUUUCUGCAAAGGUUCCUAUUGUAAUUGGAACCAGGUAGGUCUCAUUAACUAUGUGAUCUGUGAUUGGGGUAGUUAACCUUGGUUGACCUUUGUUGACUAAUAUAAACAGGGGAUUCAGAACCUCUUCACUUCAGGGACUGACUCUGAGUUGGCUGGCUACAACUAGUAUACUGUGCAUAUGUAAAUAAGGGUGAUUUCGUGAAGGGAUACCAGCCUCUGUGCAGUUAUUUCAGUCCCCACAAGAAGCUAGUUAGCAAAAUUAAAGCACAUGGUAUAAGGGGUAAUGUACUGCCACAAUUAAGGAUUGGCUAACAAAGAGUAGAAAUAAAUAUGUCAUUAUUCUGUUGGCAGACUGUGAUCAUUUGGGUACUGCAAAGAUCAGUCUGUAUGUCCCAGCUGUUCACAAUAUUAUAUCAGUGACUUAAACUGAGGGACCACAUGCAGUAUUUCCAAAUGUUCAGAUGGUACAAUACUAAUCAGGAUUGUGUGUUGUGAGGAAGAUGGAAAAUGAUUCUUAAAGGAUUAGGGCAGGCUAAGUGAUUGGGCAAGAGCAUGACAAGGGGAAUGUAAUGUGCAAAAGUGUGAGGUUAUUCAUUGUGAUAGCAGGAACAGAUAUGCAGUGUAUUUCUAAAAUGGUAAUUGGUUGGAAAGUAUAGAUCUGCAAAGAAAUGUGGGUGUCUUCUUCAAUAAGUCACUGAAUGCUAACAUGCAAGAGCAGCAAGCAUAAGGAAGACUAAUGGAUCUUUAAAAAUUCACUUUUGAGACAAGGGCAUCACUGGCUGACCAGCGCUUAUUGCCCAUUCCUAACGCCAUUAAGAAUUGGUGGUGAGCUGCCAUCUUGAACUGCUGCAGUGCAUCUGAAGUUGCUAGACCCAAAAAGUUCUUAGAGAGGGAAUUCUACGACUUUGACCCAGUGACAGUGAAAGAACAGUGAUACAUUUCCAGGUUAGAAAGGUGAAUGGCUUGGAGGGAAACUUGCGAUAAUGUUAGUGUAUACACAUAUUUGCUGCCCUUGCCCUUUUCAGUGGAAGUGUUUGUGGGUUUGGAAGCUGCUGUCUAAGGACUCUUGGAGAAUUUCUGCAGUGCAUCUUGUAGAUAAUAGAUACUGUGCUACUAAGCAUCAGUGGUUAAGGGAGUAAAUGUUUGUGGAUGCCUUUAUUGCAAGGAUAUUUGAGUACAUGAAUAGUGAAGUCUUGCUUCAGGUUUUUUUUUGGAACUCUGGAGUAAUGUGUGCAAUUUUAAUCUGCAAAACUCAGGAAAUUAUACAGGGAGUGCACUGAAGGUUCACCAGAUUUGUUCCCCAUUGGACUGUUUAAUGAAGAGAGAUUGGACAAACUCAGUCUGUGUUCCCCAAAGUUUUUAAGGAUAGUUGGACAUCUCAAAAAUACUUAAAUACUUAAAAGGAUAAAAAGGGUAGAUGCAGGUAGGAUGUUUCUUCUGGUUGGAAAGUUGGGGGGGAAGAACCAGGGGGCACGAUUUAAAACUAAGGGGUUGCUAUUUAGAACAGAGAGGAGGAGAAUUUUUUUUUGUUCCUCAGAGAGUGGUGAGUCCUUGGAAUUUCUCUACAACAGAUGGCCGUGGAAGCUCAGAGAAUACAGUUAAAGUUAAUUUUUUGAUUGUGACCAAUGUAAAGGUUAUGGAUGAGUAAACAGCAUUGAGCUAAUCAGUCAACCAUAUUAUAUUUAAUGGCAGAACAAGCUUGAUAGACUGAAUAACCUGCUCCAGUUCUAAUGGAUAGAAUACUAGUUAGCUCUCAGGAAACGGUAGGCAUAAAGGGUUCAUUUUCUGGUUGUAAAGAUGCAAUGAGUGCGUGUAGUAGGAAACAGUACUGAGGCCUCAAAGUUUUGCAACUUAUGUAAAUAACUUGGAGAAGGAAGUGAAAGCAUGGUUGCUUAAAAAUGAUAACAAGAUAGGUAGGAAAGUAAAUUCAGAAGAGGCUGUAAGGAGACUACAAAGAAAUAUAGAUAGGUCAAGUGGAUGGAGAAAUUUAGCAAGUGGAGUGUAAUGUGGGAAAUGUGAAAUUGUCCACUUUGGGCAGGAAGAAAGCAAAAGGAGAAGCAUUUCUAAAUGGCAAGAGAUUGGAGCGAUGCCAUGGAAUCUUGGUGUUAUAGUGCAAGAAGCACAAAAGUCUAAUGUGCAAAUAUGGAAAGUAAUUAGGAAAGCUAGUAGAAUUAUGUAAUUUAUUGCAAGGGGGAUUGAAUAUAAAAAUAGGGAGUUUAGUAGGGUGUUGUGUUAGAAGAUUAGCCACUAUCUUAUUGUAUGGAGAAGCAGGCUGAAGAAGUCACUUGACCCAUUUCUGAUCUAUUUGCACUAACCUCUGACAAGGUGAACAUCUAAAUCAAAAGUUUCAAAUUAACCCAAUGCUGCAUUAGUAUACAUUUUUGUUCAUUAUAUGGAAUGUGAAUGUUUUAAAAGCAUUAGAAUAGAUUUUACGAAUUAAUUUAAUACGAGAGAUAUGCUGUUUUCUGUGUACUUCUAAAGUUUGUUUUAUGCUUCUGACAUGCAAAACUCCACAAAGUUUGCAAAAUGAAAAAUAUAACUUUGUGUUCCAAUUCUGUUCCAUCAAGUACUCAGAACCUUAUUAUUUUUUUCUGGUCCAGAUUUCCUUUGUCUGUUUUCCAUUGUCCAUGUUCGUUCGAAUUUCUUACACUUUUCCCCAUUCAAUCUAUCUCAUCUCAAUAUGUGGAGUUCAUACUGGAUCACUAAUUUAAAGUGGUAAUUGAUAUAGCGGAAUGGUUACUACGAUUGGUCAAACUGACAAUGAUAACAGCUUCUCCUAUCAAUGCUACUGAUGUUUCCAUGGUACUAAAGUUCAGGAUCUGAUGAAAAUUAUAUGGAAUGAUGUGCUUUACAUCUUAUCCCUUUACCAAUCAAUGCACAGAAAGGUUAACAUUUACAUGCAAACACUGCGUGAAGACAAGCAUUGAAAUUACACAAAGUGUGUUGUUUCAUUUUUACUAACAUAGCACAGGAGCUAGCCAGCCAUGCUUAGUUUCCUCUGAAGAUUCCAACUGACUUGACUCAAAACUCACUCAGCUCCCAUGAUUUUGAACAGUCCCAACUGAUUUAGUGUUGAACAGUUGCCCAGAAUCCUGACUCCUACCUUGGCUGAAGAAGCUCUCAUCGCCAUCUCUUUGCUGUGAAAUGCACCUGUCCCUACAUGCAUAGACUACAUUGCAGAAUGAGCAUAGCCAUUAUUUUCAAUGCUUUGCUUGUGUCCUUCCUAGCGGCUGUGUUAUGGAAGUAUGCUAAAUUGUGGGAACAUGCUGUGUCCUUGGAGGAAGAGUUGUUGCGUUCCCAACAGACUCAAGAGCUGUCCCAAGUAAAGAUUGAUUACCAUGCUGCAUUGCAAGCCCUUGUGGAAGACGGCACCAGAAUGGCUUGCACAGGAACAAUGCACACUGAGCGGAUCUGCCGAUUUGAAUCCCUCUGCUACUCUACCGAUGUUGAUGAGUUUGUCUUCUUCCACAGCAAUGCUUCGAUCUUGCUGCCAAAUCUAGGCUCCCGGCGAUUCCAACCUGCUCUGCUGGACUUAUCUUCUGCUGAGGAUCAUAGCGCACAGUACUUCAAUUUUGUAGAAUUGACUGUUGAUGCUCUUAAGUUCAUGCCGAAACCUGUCUUUGUGCCAGACGUUGCAUUGAUUAUGAACCGUUUCAACCCAGACAAUCUCAUGCAUGUCUUUCAUGAUGAUCUCCUCCCAAUUUACUACACCAUGCAACUGUUCCCAGACUUGGACCAAGACUCACGAUUGGUGUUUAUGGAAGGUUGGAACGAAGGGCCACACUUUGACCUUUACAAAUUGCUCAGCAACAAGCAACCCCUUCUGAAGGAUCACCUGAAAGGUCUUGGCAAGCUGCUUUGCUUUACAAAGUCUUAUGUUGGUUUGUCAAAAAUGACAACUUGGUAUCAGUACGGGUUUGUUCAGCCUCAGCGACCAAAAGCAAACAUAUUGAUAUCGGGGAAUGAAAUUAGGCAGUUUGCAAACUUCCUGGUGGAAAAAUUAAAUAUUACCACAGACCCCAGUGGUGAAGGGUACAUUGUGGUGUUCAGUCGCACAAUCAAUAGGUUAAUUCUGAAUGAAGCGGAAUUGAUCUUGGGUUUGGCACAGGAAUUUCAGAUGAAGACUAUUGUGGUAACUCUGGAUGACCAUUCUUUCAGUGAUCUUGUGCGAUUAAUUCGUGGAGCCUCUAUGUUGGUCAGCAUGCACGGAGCUCAGCUGGUGAUGGCACUAUUUCUACCCCCAGGUGCUGUAGUUGUUGAACUUUACCCCUAUGCUAUUAAUCCAGAACAUUACACACCUUAUAAAACCCUGGCAGCUCUCCCAGGUAUGGAUCUACAGUAUGUUGCCUGGCGGAAUACGGAGGAGGAGAAUACGGUUCCCCAUCCCAAUAGGCCAUGGGAACAAGGUGGAAUUGCUCACCUUGCUCAAUCUCAACAAGAGCGUAUAAUAAAGAGCAAAGAGGUUCCUCGCCACCUAUGCUGCCGAAAUCCUGAAUGGCUGUUUCGCGUUUAUCAGGACACCAUAGUGGAUAUCCCAUCAGUGAUGAGUGCCAUUCAUCAGUCAGUGGGAUCCAAACUUCCUGUCAAAAAGAUUAUGGCAAACAGUUUAAUAUAUCCAGGAAAAGUGAGAGAUUCCAAGUGCCAAUCUCCUGAACAGGUCACUAAUGUUGGAAAGUUGUCCAUUUCAUGGGAAGUACCUUGGAACCUUAAGUAUUUAAAAGUAAAAGAGGUUAAAUAUGAGGUAUGGAUCCAGGAACGAGGUGAGAACACCUACAUGCCUUACAUCCUGCCUUAUCGGAACUACACGUUCAUAGAAAACAUUAAACCAUUUACAGCCUACAUGGUUUGGAUAAGGUGCAUCAUUAAUGAAAACCUUCUUGGCCCAUUUGCAGAGGUACUGACUUGUAACACAUAAUGCAGUAUGGUUAGACAGACAAGAAGAAACACCACGUGCUUCAAUAAAUUGUGUGGCUUAGAAAUGUGUAAAUCAAUAUUUAUUUAGCCCUGUAGCUGAAAAUAUUUGUAGCGAAUAAAGGGACAGAUCUUAAAUAAUAAUAGGUAUUUUGGGGCUUUUGUGCACAUUUAAGUGAGCUCAUAGUCAAGUGCUGCCCUGAUGCAAAGAAAUGUAGAUUCAGAGCCAAUUAGGAUUUGGCUGAAUUGAAGUUCACCCUGGUUGGGGCAGAUCAUAACUUAAAUUAGUAAUAUAGAUUUAGACUGGUUUGUCACAAUGUAGUUGGAUAAAUCACAAGGAGUACCUGAAAUCAGAAGCUGAAUGUCUAAGUAAGGGUUGUACCAUUCAUCGUGGCUGUUUGUGAGCCAGCGGCAAUGUGAAUGUUUAGGCCCGUAUGAACAUAGUGCUGUUGAAGCAACAACAGCUAGCUCGCUUCCACUAACAACUUAGAGGUUUUAAAUAUCAUUUGACUGAAGUAAAACAAACCAACCAAAGCUUCUUCAACAAAUAUAAUGAUCAUAACUGCUGAGCGCAUGUGAGCUUUACACAGGCCUGCUGUGUUCUGAGCCACAACUGCAAGAAAUAAUACAUGAUGAUUGCAGAUAAGCUAAAAUGAAUUUGCUUGGUAAAAUGUCUGUGUUUUAUAAAUCUUUAUCUUCCCCUCUGUGGGAGGUUCCCAUUAUUAAAAUCUGGUCCAACCUGAUUGGAAAUGACUGCAUUAUACCUGCUUUAUUGCAGAAUGGUUGGUACCAUUGCUGUUUCUGCAUAAAAUGUAACAACCACAAUUACCUUAAGAUGCUAAGAACGUGUUCAUUUAUAGGCUCUCUGUUCUCUGUCUCCACGAAGUGUUGUUUUCUUUUCAUAUAUUGAUGAACUUUUGCUAAAGAAAUUAGCUAUAGGUGCUAAGUUAUUUCAGUUUCGUUCACUUUGAAUUGAUUCUCCCAACUCUGCAAUUCUGUGUAUAAUUUUCUUUUAAAAUUAACCUGAUAUUAAAUUACGAUCUUAAAAAUCUUCUUUUUGCUCUCCUCCAUCUCGUUUUGGAAUCAAAAAAGCCCAGCGUUGACAAUUGCAGCUAAAUGCAUGAAAUUCCACUGUUAAUCUCCACCAUUGGCCGAAGCUCUCCACUCAAGUAUUACUCCCAAUAUGGUCUCACCAAAUUACAAUAUUAGUUCUUCCUCUUGAUUUGUGUUAUAAUCUUGCUCAGUGUUUACAUUUAUAUCUUUACUUGCAAUAAUCUUAUUGGAUUAAAUGCAGAAGUAGAGUUAAUAAAUUUACAUUUCCAUCGGAAAGCAUUGGCCAUUCAAUCCAGCUCAGGUGCGAUGGACUGAUUGACCUCUCAUGUACUAUUUAUUCUAUGAUUCUAUAUAACAUUGAUGGCCAAUUUUGACCUGAGUACAGUUUGUGUGGUUGGGCUGUGCUAUUAGAAUAUAUUUGGUGAACCCCUGUUCUUCUUCUGCAUGCUGAAAAUGUCCCGGUGGUGGAAUUGGUAGAUCUUGAGUUCAGGUGUGGAGUUGCCAAUCUGGCAAACUGUUUUGCCAUUAGUGGUGCUGAGCUUCUUGGGUUAUUGGACAUGCACCAUAUUCAGGUCUCUAUUCCUUCACACUCAUGAGAUUUCGAAACGAUAGAAAGGCAUAGGUCAUUCAAGUGAGUCGCUGGUCAAAGAGUAUCGAGUAUCUGAUCUUAAAGCCACUGGUUUCUCCAGUUUAGCUUCUUGUCAACAUGUCAACAGUGAAGGACUCUGCACUGAUAAGGUUACUAAAGAUCAGGCAUAGUUGACACCUUUUCUUGAAGAUGGCCAUUGCCAAGCACAGAAGCUGCCUUAUUGGAAUUAUAACGUGUUGAAUGAACAUGAAAAACUGGACUGUUUGUUAUGAAUUAUCCAUAUUGAUUCGCUUUAAAAAUCAAAGAGAACAUGAAAUAGAAACAAAAGCUGCCAGUGUUCUCAAGAUGUUGAAUGAAAUUGUAGCGCUGGCUAAAACAGGACUGGAUUGCCAGUACCUGUAAUGUCAGGUUGAUGUAUUUAACAACACAGGUAUUACAGACUUACUGCUAUUGGAUGACAGCUUUCUUAUGUGAUAUACUAAUGACCACAACAAAUUACCAGAACGACGUUCAAUAAAUGUGAUCAGUGCUGCGGAACACCAAUUUCAGUCGAUGAAUGAAGGAAAACCUGCCUUUAUAUAGCAUCUUUUACAACCAUCAGAUGUCUCAAAGUGCUUAACAAUCAAUUUACGCCUAGAUCGAAGACAAGAAAAUACAAAUUGUUGUGGGUAGCAGGAUGGACUGAUGAACAAUUGCACAAGUUUUAAAUUCGUAAGAGAAAUGAAUAGAUAAAAACAAAUUUGAAAUAAAGAAAACUUGAAACUUGGGAGCCAAGCAAAAAUAAUAAUAUAAUAAUGUACAAUGUGUGCUGAGUGUGUAAGAUGACUAUUGUGAAAAUUCUGAACUGUCUUUAAUAUUUGUCUGGUUUUUAAUCUUUGUGCAUUAGUUUUCUUUUGCAUCAGGGAAUGUUGACUAUUUAUCCAAUACUUGAAUUGAUUUGUUGCUCAGUGUGUCAUUAGCUGUACAGAAGAAACAUGCUGCUUUAACUUUGACGUUGCAGUUUAUUUAAUACUGUGCCCAGGUAUGUUUGUGCAUUACUGUUCAGGCAGAAUUUGAGCCAAAGGCUGAGAGGUUUUGUUUUAUGUUUGUUUUUAGUGUUAACAUAAAUCUGUAUGGAAUUUCUGUAUCUUGGAGAUUAAAUAUAGUAU